CUUGCAGAAAAAUACACACACGUAAUAGAAUAUUCUCAACGCGCCUGUAGCUUCUUCCUUUUUUACUUCGUCACGAGGGUAAUCGAUCUCUUCUUCUCUCCUCUCUCUCUCUCUCUCUCUCUCUCUCUUCGUGAAAUCAAUGAGUAUGGAGGCAUCGGAGCUACAUGAUCUCUCUGACGACGCCGAUUACGCUGCAUCUCAACAACAAGGAUCGGCUAGCAUGAUGCGCUGCGACAGCGAGAAGAGAAGUUCUUCUAGUGAACACGAAGGCGCUGAAUUGAUAUAUUUGAAGGAUAACGUCGCAAUUCAUCCCACACAGUUCGCAUCGGAGCGGAUUAGCGGUAGAUUGAAGUUAACUAAGCAAGAUUCUAUUCUCUUCCUGUCGUGGAUUCCGUACAAGGGACAAACCUCAAAUGCAAAGCUAUCAGAGAAAGAUAGGAGUCUUUAUACGAUCACAGCAGUUCCAUUCACUGAAGUGAGGUCCAUCAGGAGACACACUCCUGCUCUCGGAUGGCAGUAUGUAAUUGUUGUGCUGUCUUCUGGUCUUGCAUUUCCGCCUCUGUACUUCUAUAAUGGAGGAGUCAGGGAGUUUCUGGCCUUAGUGAAGCAACAUGUUUAUCUUGCAAGAUCGGGAGAAGAUGCAAAUGUGUUCCUUGUGAACGAUUUUCAGAGUCCCUUGCAGAGAACUCUUUCUUCAUUGGAGCUGCCAAGUUCACUGCCUGUUGCAAGUGGACAAUCUACAUACCCAUUAGACGGAGGAUCUUCUAGUGAUAGUCAAGGGAGAACAAGUGCAGGUGUUGAUAACAGAGUUUCCCAGUAUGUAUCGAGAAAGCAGAAGAGUCAUGAUCCUACUCGUGAUCUUUCAAUUCAUCUUCUAGAGAAGUUUUCUCUGGUUACUAAGUUUGCUCGAGAUACAACCACUCAGUUGUUUUCUGAAAACAAUGGCUUUGGUUCCGUUGACAAGAGAUGGAAUAACCAACCCGUGCAUAGUUAUUCUGAAAAGUUGACAAAUAUUGCCGAGGAAAAAGAUAAUGAAAACCAUCAUAGUUACCCUGAAAAGGAGCAUCUCAACGAUGAAGAAAUUAAUCUAGUUGAUGUCCCUGCUGAUCCCUUAGAGUUUAACAAGUUGAGUUUGGUGUGGGGAAAACCAAGGCAGCCACCAAUGGGGUCUAAAGAGUUAACAGCAUUCUUGGAUUCUGAAGGGCGAGUUGUGGAAUCAAAAGCCCUUAGAGAGAGAGUUUUCUAUGGAGGCAUUGAGCAUCAAUUGCGAAAAGAGGUCUGGCCCUUUCUCUUGGGAUAUUAUGCAUAUGACUCGACAUAUGCAGAGAGAGAAUAUCUUCGAUCUGUCAAACGGAUGGAAUAUGCAACAUUGAAACAGCAGUGGCAGAGCAUCUCCCCUGAACAAGCAAAAAGGUUCACCAAAUACCGGGAGAGGAAGGGACUGAUAGAUAAAGAUGUGGUAAGAACUGACAGGGCAUUUGAAUACUAUGAAGGGGAUGACAAUCUGAACGUCAAUAGCAUGCGUGAUAUUCUGUUGACCUACUCCUUCUACAACUUUGAUCUCGGUUACUGCCAGGGAAUGAGUGAUUAUCUGUCUCCUAUCUUGUUCGUGAUGGGGGAUGAAUCAGAAUCCUUUUGGUGUUUUGUGGCAUUGAUGGAACGCCUUGGACCCAACUUUAACCGUGAUCAGAAUGGGAUGCAUACUCAGCUCUUUGCACUCUCAAAGCUGGUGGAGUUGCUCGAUAGCCCGCUGCACAAUUACUUUAAGCAGAAUGACUGCUUGAAUUACUUCUUCUGUUUCCGCUGGAUCCUGAUUCAGUUUAAAAGGGAGUUUGAGUACGAGAAGACAAUGCAGCUAUGGGAGGUGUUAUGGACCCAGUACCUCACGGAACACCUUCACCUAUAUGUUUGUGUGGCGAUCCUGAAGCGAUGCCGCAGCAAGAUAAUGGGAGAACAGAUGGAUUUCGACACACUCUUAAAGUUCAUCAACGAGCUGUCUGGGCAUAUUGACCUCGAUUCGACAGUCAGAGACGCCGAAGCACUUUGCAUAUGUGCCGGUGAAAAUGGUGCUGCUAGUAUCCCUCCAGGAACACCUCCUUCAUUACCCCUUGACGAAGGUGUCUUAUAUCCUCAGGACGAUGAUGUUUUGUAAGUAGUACAAACUUUUCCUUUUUUUCUUUCAGUACAUGAUACCAAAAUUCGGAUUUCUUUUUUACGUAACAGUUAUUAAAAAAUCAAUGAACAUAUAUGCUUUCUUGGUUUCUUCAUCACUUGAUACCUCUGUAGUCGAAAAUAGUUGAUGAAAGUCUAUGCAAGAAUUUAUCCCUGGAGAUAAAUCAAAAGGAAGUUCUACAGCAGUGGAAAGAAAUCGGUUAAGGCAAAACAUGGGUCAAACACAAGAUUGUCAUAGCCAAAGCAGUUUGUCUCCUCCAUCCAGGUAGUGCCUUCUUCUUCUCCUUCUCCGUGGCUUCUUCUCGCUUCUGUAGACAUAACUGGCUUAUCGGCCAAAGGAGCGGCUUCGACUGAUUCAGGUGCAUUCUGUUUCCUGGAAUUGGAUUUCUUGUUUAAAUGUGUAUUCCAGUAGUUCUUGACUUCGUUGUCAGUGCGACCUGGAAGACGACCAGCGAUCAACGACCAUCUGCUACAAAAGAAGCUUAUGCAUGCGGAUGAUGAGGUCUUGUUCUUGAGGUGACAUGCCUCCUCUUUUGAUAUUUGGUCUCAGAUAAUUCUUCCAUCUCAACCUACAGCUUUUCCCUCCUCUCUUCAAUCCGGAUCUACGAGAGAUGUCUGCCCAGUUUCCUUCUCCAUGAGUCUCGAUAUAGCUUCUCAAUAUCAUGUCUUCUUCAGGUUUCCACAACCCUCUUUUCACAUGAGACUUGCCUUCUUCUUCGUCUCUCCUUUUCUCCAUUCUUUUUUCUUCUUCUUUUGCCUCCACCACAGUUUUUGCAAGUGAGACAGGCGUGUUUGUUAUAAUAUGCGAAUAAAGUGGGAGUUUUUCCCAACUUUAACUCUUACAUGUGGGGGC